AUGAUAUUUAGUGACACACCUUUUAAAAUGGAGCUGCAGUUCAUCUGCCUAUGCUUGAUCUAUUCAUUUUAAGCUCCUGUAUUUAAUGCUAUCCCUUUCUUGUAUUACAGAACCAACUUGUCUUGUAAUAUUGAUGGGGUAUGGUAGAGCUGUACUGAAUAAUAGAUUUGUGACAAUAAUUAUGAAUUCUAGUUUGUCGAUAAAUAAGGCAUGGAGAGUAUUAGUAUGGAUUACGGUCUUGUCUGUGAAAAGAGAUUAGUUGAAGCUUCAAUUAUGUCUCUUGGUUUCGUUGGAGAAGUCGCUGCCUUUCUCAUAGCUGUGUUGACUGAAAUUCCUAAAAGCAAGAAAACUAAUAUUCUCUUUAUUUUAAUGUUUAUUGAAGGUUUCCUUCUUUUCUCUGUAUCUUUUAUCAAGGGCAGUCUUACUUAUAUUAUGUUCGUCAUCUUCAUAUGGAAUUUUGUUUAUUCAUACAUCUACUCUCAAAUUUUUGCCUACGCAAAUGAUAUGUACACCACUGCCAUUAAAGACAAAUCUGUUAAUAUGAUUAAUAUUGCAUGGACAGGAGGUGCAUUGAUGUUUAUUGUAUUUGCUUAAAUGGAUGGCAAUUGGAUUGACCAUGUUGCUUACUUUAGUGGUGCCACUGUCUUAACUCUUAGCAUAUGCUUUUACCUUUUGAGAUCUCCUCCUGCUGAAAUUGAUCCUAUUCAAGCUCCUUUCAAUAAAAAAAGUUCAGUUCCCAAGGAUGAAAAUGUAGAAGCAAAAGAAUAAUAGAAGAAUUUUAUUGAUGAUUUAAUUCAAAAGUUCAAGGUUAUGAAAAGCAAUAAAAAAUACAUGAAAAAUGCAAUCAUCUAUAUUCUUACUUGGUCAACAUUCUAAUUAAGUUAUUCAACUCCUUUCAUUGCAUUCAACACUCUUGGUGGUAAUAUUUAAAAUAAUGUUAUGCUCUCAAUCUUGUUCGAUUUUGGUGGUAGUUUUAUUACCUUCUAUCUCCUCACUCAUUUUGAUCCUUUACGUCUUUUGUUGAAUAAUAUAUUGAUAAUUGGUGUUCUACAAACUCUAGCUUUCUUUGUCCCUGUAACUAGCUUUGCUUUCUAACUUAUUCCUAUUUUAGCUACUAAGCUUUCCACAAGAUGUGCAUUCCCUACCCUCUUAACUUUACUUCCAUUUAUCCUUCCUUACCAAUUUAAUUAGCUUGUUUUCAACUUAGCAAAUGUGGUUUCAAUCGUUUUAAGUACUCUCCUUCCCUUCUACAGAUAUUACAUGGAAAGUAAUGGAAUUAACAUAUUUUGUGGUAUUGGUGUAAUUACCCUUUUACUAUUAUUUGUUGCAACACAAUUCAAAACUUUGGAAGACGAAAACGCUGAUAUCAAGGCUGCUAGAUUAUCUAGAGACUUCAAGAAGAGAUCAAGCUUUGCUCCUAUGAAGAGAAACUCAGAUGUUAUUAUCGAAACAAUGUUACGUAAAUCUUCAUUCCUUACCCAACAAGCUGCAAAAAUGGUCUUAGAUAAGUAAUCAGUUGCAGAAGAAAGAAAGUACAUGAUCUAAUAAAAAUAGACUGAGCUUGAAACUAUCCAAGAAAUUUGA